AGGGAGGAGGGGAAGCCAGCUCAGCCCGCUCCCUCAGCCGGCCCUCCCUCCCACUCGCCCUGCCUCCAUCCCUUACUCCCUCCUUCCUCGUCUGGGCCUGGGGGUCUGGACCAGCAACAAGUUAUUAUUGCAGACAUGGGCCAAGGAGCCAGAGGCCGCCCCGAGGCCCCCGGUCCGUGAGCCGCUGUGCGAGGCUGCAGCACGUAGGGUCGCCAUGGGGGUAGCUGCCCCAGACCUCUUCUGCGCAGUGCUUCUGCUCCCUCUUCUGGUGUUUGGGGUCCCCACUGAGGAGCCCACCUCUAGGGAAGAGGUGGCCUCCAGUACGCCUGGUUACUGCCAACGGUGCUGUGACCCUGAGGACGCCCUGGUCCCUGCGGAUGCUGCCUACGUGCCCCCGGCCUCUCCGCCUGCGCUCCCGUAUGUGUUGCCUGAGGUCAGGCCCUAUGUUAACAUCACCAUCCUGAAGGGUGACAAAGGAGACCGAGGCCAGCUGGGCAUGCCAGGGAAGCUGGGCAGGGAGGGUUCCCGGGGAGAGCGUGGUCUGCAGGGCACCAAAGGUGCCAAGGGGCAGGCGGGCAGCCCUGGUGGCCCGUGCCAGAUGCGCUUCUCUGCCUUUUCGGUGGGCCGCAAGACGGCCCUGCACAGCAGCGAGGGCUUCCAGCCGCUGCUCUUUGACACGGUCUUCGUCAACCCAGAUGGGCACUUUGACCUGGCCGCCGGUCACUUUGUCGCCCCCCUGCGCGGCCUCUACUUCUUCAGCCUCAAUGUGCACAGCUGGAACUUCAAGGAGACCUACGUGCACGUGGUGCACAACGAGGAGGCGGCCGUGAUCCUGUACGCACAGCCCAGCGACCGCAGCAUCAUGCAGAGCCAGAGCGUGAUGCUGGCCCUGGCGCCCGGGGACCGCGUCUGGGCGCGGCUCUUCAAGCGCGAGCGUGAGAACGCCGUGUACAGCGAUGACGUGGACACGUACAUCACCUUCAGUGGCCACCUCAUCAAGCCGGAAGACGAUUAGUGCCUCCAGCAGGCCGGCUGUGGUGUGGGGUGGCUGUGGGCAGGUCUCAUCCCCGCUGGGGCCUCAGUGUUCACCUGUGUAAAGUGGGCCCACGGGGCCUGGCAUUCCAGGUAGCCCUCCUCUCCUUUCCUUCCCUCCCAGCCUGUUUCUGCUGCUCUCCUCUCGGACAUAUUUUAAGAAGCCAUGUAACCUAAUAUUUUAGAACUUUCCCUGUCUUUUCGACCAGCGAAUCUCAAGCUUGAUUGUGCAUUUGAAUCCCCUGGGGAAUCAUGCUAAAAUACGGGGUUUGAUCCAGCAGGCAUGGCGUGGACCCAGAAUUCUGCAUUUCUAAUGAGUUCCUGGGUGACACCGCUAAUGUUGCUGGUCUAUGGACCCCACUGGAAUAACCAACUUCUAGAACUUUCACAACAUUCUAAUACUUCCUGAACAUUCUGGAAUCCUCCAAACAUUCUAGAAUCUUCCUAACAUCCUUAAACUCUCUCAUUUCUCUAGGACUCCCCCUCCUUUGUUCUCUUGUCUCUUCCCCCCUUCUCUCUUCCUCUCAUCUUUACCCCCUCCUGUGCAGCUGAUGCUAAUUUGUUCUUCAUCCAAUGCUCACUGAACAUUCACUCUGUGCCAGGCCUUGGGAAAGCUGGGGUGAAUCAUACACAGGCCCUGCUCUUGGUGAGAGUAUGCAAGUCCAGCUGGGUGGGGAGACACAGAGGAUUCUGAGAUCUGACCCAGAGAAACGCAUGGGGCUCUUAUUACAUAAGUCUGGGUUCUGAGCGUUCAGAAACUAUGGCCCCUCCUUACCCACACUCCCCAAGGCUAGUGGACAGGGUCCUGAGGUGUGGGGGGAUGUUUCCUGCCUAUCCCUCUCUUUCCUGCCCAGUGCCCAUCAUUACAGCAAACCUCUGAGGGGCCUUGGUCAGGGCAAGGGUGGUGUGAGGAGAGGACCCAGGGCCUUGGGGGUAUUUGGGGGUGGGAGAGGGAAGGAAGAAGGGAGCAGACCCGUAGCUCCCCACACAGCUGGUGCGAUCAGCUGUGAGGACCCCGAACCUCCUGACAGCGCCCCUCCCUGCCCUGCCCUCAGGGCUCUGUCAAGGCCUCGCUCAUCCUGCCAAAGGUGACUGGGCCUCUAUUCUCCCAGGUUCCCAGCCACUGUCAGACACGGACGUCUGUUCCCAGGUGCUCCCUCAUCCCCCUUGGCCCCUCUCGCCAGCCCAGUGCCCUGGCUCUUCAGGCUUUAAGGUGCUGAGGCCCUGGUGGGCAGCUCCCGCCCAGCAGCGUCUCCUCUGGCCUGUGCUGCCUUUAAAAACGCCGCUGGGCAAUGGGCGAGGACAGAAGGCACCAGGCUUUGGACCCCUCAGCAGGUCUGGGGAACUGAAGUGAGUAACAUUGCAGGUUGUCAGGGACUCUCCUCUGAGCCAUGAUGCCAAGAGAGGUGUUGGGAGAAGCCCGGGCCAAGUAAGGGACCUCAGGCUUUCUGUCCCUUCUUCCACUCCCAGCCUUCCUCUCCCAGGACCCAGGUGGCCUGACCCUCUUCUCAGAGGGAGGCAGCCUCCACCAGUUGGUGCGUAUGCAGACUCUGGGCAGAAGGGGCCCGGUUUGUGGCCUCUGGUGCUCACUCCUAGCCCAGGCAGCCACGGUGCGUGGCUGGGGAUGGCAGCAGGGCCUACCAAGGGCCUGACGAAGGCCGGUGCUAUACAACCAGUCCCAGUCCUUCUGCUCCCUGCCCUGCUUGUCCAGCGUGAUUAAAGGUUUUGUGUCUUC